CUUCACCCAUCACAACCAAAAAAAUACGGCGUCACUUCAGCUUCACAACCAGCAGAAGGCGGCAAAACGCGCUCUGAGGGAGAAGCAGGCGAAAUCCAAUUAAGUGCAUUAAUCUAAUUAAGCUCGUUGACGUUGCCUUGCACUGCAAGGCAACGAGCUCAGUGCGUCAUUCUUCAGCAUGGAAGGAAUGAAAAGAAUUAGGGUAUGAAUCAUCUGGGCCGUUAGCCCCAGAUGAUUCAUGCACUACACUACUCAAAAACUCAUAGCCUAUUCAUGCACGAGCACACUCCUGGGAUGGGGUUUCUGCCUUUCUAUGCCUCUAACGAGAAAACUGGCUGAAGUAUUGUUAUGGCGAGACUUUCUUAAGCUUACAGUAAGGGCCAUAGUUAGAUACUUUGAUAAAGGUAAUAUAUAUUAUAAACUCACAGCGGUAGUAGCAUACUGAUUGACUGUGAUGCGCUGCGUACUAUGGCGAGGCGCCACUUCUCCAUCCUAACGCACAUCAGAGAGCGCCCCCAGUCUCUGCAUCACUCAGUUUGUGUCUGCGUCCGUGGAGUCUCAGUCAAUAUACCAAUGGUUUUGCUUUCCUCUCUUGUUGAAGUGCUGCUCCUUCAUUCUCUCGCUGUGUGUAUCUAUCGUCUAUCUAAUAUCAAUCAAUGAAUAUGUCUACAGAUACAGCCUCAGUUUCCCUAGAAUAAUUCAUUGAGUGGGAGUCUACCUAUAGUAUAUGCACAUGUCUCGCCGCACUCCACAGAAGAGCGACAUCAGUCGGAUUUCUCAGUCAAGAGCUACAGCUAGCUCUGGCUCGGCAUAAUUAAAUUGCUUGACUUGUAUGGUCAUGGAUGCGUGGCAAUACUCCCCUCAUUUCUCUAAACAAAUGAGAAACGCAUGAAGGAAGAGCAGCAGGCCGCGGAGAGAACCUUGAAAAACGAAAACACGAUCCGCGAAAACGCCAUCAAACGUUAUGGCAGAUUCUCUGACUGAACCAACUACUUUUAGCUAUGUAUUCUGAGGGUAUACGUCUACCCCUACAAGUCGACUCUUGUAGAGUCACAUAGUGCUUCUAUCUGGGAGUCGCCUACUGCUCUCUGUUCUAUAUAGGUACUAUUUUGUCGCUGUGGAGUGGAUUUGGAGUUUCUUCGGGAUGACCAUGCAUGUUUUCAGUUACAAUGAAUACUUGGCCACGCUUACCAUGUAGAAGACACGGCUCGCCACAUAUCAGCCAGUCUUUAUUCAGUCAUGGAUACAGUGAACUCCACUACGCAUAGGUCAGAAAUGAAGCACUUAUACUAUUGUAGCACAGUCUAAGGCUGCUCGUGGGAGCUUGCUAUCGCAACGCAGACCGUGAAGAAUGGCCCCGGUGAGGGUAAAGUGAUGUGGGCACGAAUGCCAGAACGCCAGGUGGAAGAUGCUCCAAAGAGCAAGCCGAGCAAGAUGAAGACCAAGUCCAAGGCCCAGCAAAGCAAAGUCAAGA